UUGUUUUUAGUUUCUUGAUGGUCCUGCCCUUUUUUUAAAAAAAAACAACAAAAGAGAAAAGAGAAGAAAAAUGGGGAGCAACGAGCGGACAGAUUCAUCGGAUUACAGGACAGAGCUCCUGUCUCCGGCAGCAUUAGGAACAUCAACGGCCGACGGAAGGUCGCCGGUACACGUGGCGGCUGUUCUUCCGUCUUGGAAGCUCCAUAUCGACGGUCUUCAUCUCCCUGAUCCUCCCUCCUCCGAUUCAACCUUCACCUCUCUCUGUUUCUCCAAUCAAUUCGGGAGACGAAGGAAGAUCGCCAGGUAUUACAAGAAGCAAGAAAAGCUCGUUGAAGGGUUUCGAGGCGUCGAUUCUUUUACCGAGUUGGGAGUUUUCCCUCCCAAUCUCAAUAACCUCUCUCAAGAUGGUGCGAUGGAGAGAAGCGAGAGAGUGGCAGUGUACACAUCGAAUGCGGCGAACUUGGUUUUGUUCAUCGCCAAAGUGUAUGCGUCCGUACAGAGCCGGUCCAUGGCCGUGGUUGCCUCCACACUCGACUCUCUUCUCGACCUCUUGUCCGGUUUCAUCUUGUGGUUCACCCAUCACAAGAUGCGAAAACCGAAUCAGUACCGAUACCCGAUUGGCAAGAACCGGAUGCAACCCGUGGGAAUCGUGGUUUUCGCAUCGGUUAUGGCCACUCUCGGACUACAAGUUCUAUUUGAAUCGGUCCGAGAAUUCAUCUCAAAGGCUCAACCGGAGAGAGAACCGGAAAAGAUGUGGUGGAUGAUCGGAAUCAUGGUGUCGGUGACGUUGGUGAAAUUGGUGUUGAUGAUGUAUUGCCGGAGAUUCGAAAACGACAUCGUUCGAGCCUACGCUCAAGACCAUUUCUUUGACGUGGUCACCAACUCCUUGGGCCUAGCCUUCGCUGUUUUGGCCGUCCGCUUCUAUUGGUGGUUCGACCAACUCGGCGCCAUUCUGAUAGCUCUGUACACGGUGGGGAAUUGGUCAAAGACGGUGAAAGAGAACGUGAAAUCGCUGGUGGGAAGAGGGGCACCCGCAGAAUACAUAACGAAAUUGACGUACAUGAUAUGGAACCACGACGAGAGGAUCCGACACAUAGAGACAGUUCGGGCGUACACAUUCGGCACCAAGUACUUCGUGGAAGUCGACAUCGUCUUGCCUUCGGAAUUGUCGCUCGGACAAGCCCACAACGUCGGCGAGUUGCUUCAGGAACGGCUCGAGCUUUUGCCCGAAGUCGAACGGGCCUUUGUUCAUCUCGAUAUUGACGCUACUCACCAGCCCGAACACCGGCCCAAACGCCAAUAAAUUUCCUCGGAUUCAGAUCCUCCAUGUAUCCAUAAUUAUUGUCUUUUUUUUUUGUUUCUUAUUAUGAAACUGUGGUCUUAUUGGUCGUUUUGUUUGAAAUUUGUAAAAUUUUAUGUGAUGCGUAAUCAUUUUAAGGCAAAUGUAUUGGUUUAGUACA